AUGCAACCACAGGCUCACCUCAUCCACAAUUACACCUCCUCCAAAUUCCCAAUGCAAGUUUCUCUCCAAGUGGGUCGAGAAUCAAUGGCACUCAAUAAGCAGCCUCAGCAGCGGUUAUGCAUGGCCGAUAUGCCGCCCAGGACACCAAAUCCGCAUCCUCGCACUUUCGAAAUGCAGAAUCCCACAUCUGAAGCCAGAUAG